UCCAACAAGUCAAGAAUCACUUCAAAUAUCUUCUUCUAAACUCCAUUUUCGCACACCCAAAACACACACACACACAGAUCAAUCCGAUCAAACCAAACCCAAACCCCAAUCCAAAAUGCAAUACAAGAAUCUCGGCCGAUCUGGAUUAAAGGUAUCCCAGAUAUCAUACGGAGCAUGGGUCACUUUCGGCAACCAAAUCGACGUCAAAGAAGCCAAAACCUUACUCCAAUGCUGCCGCGACCACGGCGUAAACUUCUUCGACAACGCCGAGGUCUACGCUAACGGCCGGGCCGAAGAAAUCAUGGGCCAAGCCAUCCGAGAGCUCGGAUGGAAACGUUCAGACGUAGUGAUUUCUACUAAGAUAUUCUGGGGUGGUCCUGGACCUAACGAUAAGGGUUUGUCCAGGAAGCACAUUAUCGAGGGGACGAAAGCGUCGUUGAAGCGGUUGGAUAUGGAGUAUGUUGAUUUGAUCUAUUGUCAUAGGCCGGAUUCGUCGACCCCAAUUGAAGAAACUGUGCGAGCAAUGAAUUAUGUGAUUAAUAAAGGUUGGGCGUUUUAUUGGGGGACUAGUGAGUGGUCUGCUCAGCAGAUCACUGAGGCGUGUGAGAUUGCGAAACGGUUGGGUCUUGUUGGGCCGAUUGUUGAACAGCCUGAGUAUAAUAUGAUUUCAAGGCAUAAGGUUGAAAACGAAUACCUUCCUCUGUACACCAAUUAUGGAAUCGGGCUUACUACUUGGAGUCCGCUUGCAUCUGGAGUUCUGACCGGAAAGUAUAAUUCCGGAGUUCCAGCUGAUAGUCGGUUCGCAUUGGAGAACUACAAGAGUUUGGCAAGUAGAUCAUUGGUGGAUGAUGUGCUGAAGAAAGUUAGGAACUUGAAACCGAUUGCAGAUGAACUCAACGUACCCAUGUCUCAGCUUGCGAUUGCAUGGUGUGCUGCAAACCCUAACGUAUCGUCUGUUAUUACUGGUGCUACAAAGGAGUCUCAGAUUCAAGAGAACAUGAAGGCGAUUGAUGUUAUUCCUAAGCUUACACCUGAAGUGAUGGAGAAGAUUGAAGCUGUUAUUCUGACCAAACCAAAGCGACCCGAAUCAUUUAGGUAAGGAUAUUAAUAAAAACGACGUUUUUAGUGGCAAUCAUUUCACAUUCGGAAUUUUGUUACGUUUGCAAGUUUGUUUUCAAAUUAGGCAAGAGUUGUCUUUUGCGAACAAUGUUGUUGUGAAGCUUUCGGAGUCUAUUGUGAACCUAUAUAUGUUUUUAUGUUUCUUUGAGUGUAUUUGACUUGUUUAAAGCAUUGAUUUGAGUGUCAUACAAUAUUGUUUUCAUUCA